AUGGAGUGGGAGAAGAAUCAGAGAAGUGCUCUGACCGCAGAUGAUCUUCGGAGCAAAACACAGGACCACGUUCCAGACCAGCUCUGCAACCAUCCACCACCGGCUGAUUCCUCCCUAGUCGUUCCCACAGGGAAGACUGAAUAUAGCCACAGCCACUGGUGUCACUGCCGGCCUGGGGUGCCAGUGCCUCCGGAGGAAUUGCUCCCGAAAGGAGACAUCAAGAACACAGAGGAGGAUCUGGAAGAGGAUGACGAUGAGGAGCUAGAUGAGACCCUGUGGGAGAGAUGCCGGGGUCUGACGGAGGUGGUCCUGGAGAGGGUCCGGUCAGCGUCUGGAGCCACUGUUAAUCUCUCCUUUUUUGUGGCUCAGAAAAUGUACAGGUUUUCCAGGGCAGCCUUAUGGAUUGGGACCACUUCCUUUAUGAUCCUGGUUCUUCCUGUUGUCUUUGAGAUGGAGAAGUUGCAAAGGGAGCAACAGCAGCAGAUACUUCCAGAGUCCAACACAGGAUUGUCAGGAGGAAUGCCAGGGGCUCUACCUUCAUUUCCUGGAAAAAUCUAG